AUGCAGGUCACUUGAAGACUACCCGAGUGCAUUGUUAUGUAACUGUAUUAUGUCUAAUUCCAGAUAGUUUUUUUUAACCUAUUAAUUUGCAAGACACUUUCCCUGACCAGUAAAAUUGUCUGGCAUUAGGCCACAUAAAAAAAAAUGUUGGUUAGCGUCCUCACCCGCCCACAAAAAAGGCCCCGCUCAGGAUUUUUAAAAAAAUUUUAUUUUAAAAAAACCCAACUUUUAUUGAUCAACGGGCUCUAAUAUAUGUAGUAUUUCUGUUGACUGUAGUCAAUUGUGUUAAUAAGUUGCGACAUUGCAUGCGAAAAUGACGGUAUGAAUCAUAUUUUGAAAUAUAUAAAAAAAUAUCUGUACUGCGCAAGAAAAUCCAGUUUCGGACCUAAAACCAAGGCGUUAAAAGUUAGUAAAAAUUUAAAAAAAAGCGCCCGCUCGCCCACUUUUUGGCAAAAGCUAAGGAUGCUAACCAACUAUUUUUUUUAUGUGGCCUUAGACAGUGUUAAUGCGUGAAAGUAAUGUGCAUGGGGGCGUAUUAAUCCUUUAACACAUUCGACCACCCUUAGUUUAGCAUCUACAUUGUGUCCCCUGUUAAAUUGUCUAAAAUUGUUUGGUUGGUUCAUUUUAUAGGAGAGAGUACACUUACAAAAAGGUGUUCGAACUGGUGCUCCAAAUGGCAAACCAACUACCACCAAACGAGUAAAGGGGCAAAGAGUGAUGAAGAAAGUACUGAAAGAUAUUAAGUGUCAGGCUGAUUUCCCAUAUGCCAAAUUGAAGUGUAUGAGAGGGGAUAUCACUGAGCAGGAGUUUAUAAUCUUGAGUGAAGUUAACUUUAAAGAGAAGUCAUUUGCAGAAAUUGAAUCUGUCCUCAUUCAGAUAAAAGAGAUGUGUGCAUUGCAAGGUUUCUGUUAUACUACUUGGUUUAAACUGUAAAUUACUGCUGUAAUGGACAUUUCCAGAAAGAAAUAAAAGGACAUCACAACAACAUAUAGGAGAGAAAAACCGGCAAAACUCUAUAUAAUCAAUGUUCUCUUUUAUAUAUUACAGAUAUCCUGAGUUUACCAGUGAAGAAAACAUACAGGGUUUUUAGGGGUGAUGUAGUAUGUGGAAAGUCCACUAAACAUUUCAAGUCCUAUGUCCAGCGUGCUAGUUCUUUUAAAGCGACUGAUGGCACGUUUAAAGAGGGUAUCACAAUACUAAAUAUUGAUUGCCUGAGUGAGUUAUGCCCAAUUCUCCUGGAUGAAAAGAUGCCACAGUACUAA